UGUAGAUUUAUGUCACACCAACUGUUUCUGGAGACUGUAUUCGUUGCAGCAUGUCUCUCUGUGAAUUUGAGCUGUGAACAGUCCUCACCAGACUGUUUCAACCUCUGGGAUCACAGGCUCGGCGGACACAUCAGCCAGUAUAUCAACUAUGGAAACCAUGAAGGGAAUGAGUUCCACUACAACGACACACUAAAGCUGCUGUCUGUCUCCUACUUUGCUCACAACAAGGACCCAAUGACAGUCGUGCAUUACCACUGUAAUCCAAAUCAGUCCACGUCUAUCAUCCAAGAGCAGAGCCUGAACAGCAGGGAGCCCCUGCAGAUCUGGGUGGAGAGCCUCUGUGCUUGUCCAAAUGCCUGUGCUGUGGGAGAUCUGGGUCUAGGCACCAUCUUCCUCAUCAUCCUCUCCUUCAGUGGAGCUGCGUACUUCCUCUUUGGCUCCUGUGCACUGAGACCCUUUCGCAGCAGCAGUGGUGCCCAGAUCUCUCCAGAGCACAGUGUGUGGUGCAUGAUCUGCUACCUGUGUGCCGACAGGAGGCCAGCAAGAAGACACUACACAGAUGCGGCAGAUUGCAGGCAGGACGACGAACACUGCAGCACGCCUCAGUCUGGCUCUGUUCUACAGUGUGCUUAAGGCAUAAAAUCACACACUUCUUACAGAACAAGUCAGUCCCUGCAGUUGUUUUGUUGAAUCCUUAAUAAAAGACACUUUAACACUAACAAUCAGCAGUGAUGAUAGCAAUAACAUACUAUCACCUUAAAAGGAGAACUUUAGUUUUAACCAGUAAGUUUUUCUUUGUACAAUUAACAAAUCAAACAAAAAAGAAAUUUAACUCCAGUUCAUUCAUUGCACACUGCUGUUGGAAUAAUUGGGACUUUAAACUGAGUUUGUUUAGUCAGUCAAGAGAUUUCAUGUAAAUAAGAUGUGAAAAUGCAUGUUUGGCCUGCCUUUUUUAUUGAGCCACAAGAUGGCAGUAAUUUACAGGAUGGAUGCAAACAGUCAUGAUAGAAACUUUACAGACGGCUGUUUUAGCUGUAAGGAAAGAAAUGACUUUGACUUUACGUCGGCCAUGAAUGAUCAACGAUCAAACACUGCUCAUCCUGCUUAUCCUGACAGAAGAGAGGACAAGACAAGUGACUGAAAAACAGGCCUUGUUUUCUGACACAUCAGUGUGUCCCUAUUGACUCUCAUGUUAAAAGACUAAAAUAUAGCAAUAAUAAUAAUGGACUGCAUUUAUAUAGCGCUUUUCUAGGCACCCAAAGUGCUUUACAAUUCCACUAUUUAUUCACUCUCACAUUCACACACUGGUGAAGCGAGGCUGCCAUAUCGCGCC